AUGAAUCUCACUUUCUCAACGAAAAACCCCAACAAACGAGUGGUGUUUUUCUACGAUCCGAUCACGAUUAACUUACUUGUAGCAGAUACCCAAAUUGCUAACGGGUCGUUUGUGAACUCGUUUGUGAGUGAACCGAAUAAUAUUACGGUUGUACGGUCGCAGCUGUACGGAGCGAAUCUGUUACUGGAAUCGAGUACGGUGAAUCAGAUCAGCGCAGAUCUGAAGAAGAAAUCUGGAAUGCCGUUGAAGAUUUAUCUGGAUACGAAAACGCAAGUGAAGAUCGAGUCGAUUAAAAGCAAAAAAGUUGGGAUUCGGAUCGUGUGUGAAGGUAUUCAUAGCUUGGUUCCGAAGGGCGGUGGCGGUGGUGGUAAGUCUGGUAACUCGACGGCGGCGGCGGCGGUGGCGGCGACGGUGACGGAUGCGAAAUGUAAUGUGGAUUUGAGGAUUAAGAUCUGGAAAUGGACGUUUUCGAGUUAA